AUGACAACCAUAAACCGCGAACUGGUAUCAGAACCUAUCCCCCUCAUUCCAUCCUGCCAGUUCCGCCUAAUCUGUAUAUCACCCACGGAGGCACCACUGACGGCGGCAAUCGACGUCGUGCGGCCCAUUGUCCCACGGGUAACGAACACGUCGUACAAGUCCCAUUAUCGACGCUGGUCCGUUUACGGUUUGUUCGCCUUCGGCGCCGUCGUGGGUCUCUCGUUUGCCUGUCACCCAUACGUGCAAACCCUGGGGUACAUGGCCGCUAGCCAGCUGGUGUCAACUUCCGUGGAGAGGAAAGCCAUGCUGUGA